AUGUGUUGUCAACCUACUCCUUUUGGAAAGAGAAAGACGCUGCAAGAUGUUGUGCACUACUAUUCUGUCGGCUUGCUUCUAAUUUCGAUCUUCCUGACAAUAACUGAUGCAGCCGCUACUGGCUUAUGGCGUUAUACAUUUGGAAUGGGUAUCUUCACUGGUGUUCUCGGCAUCACCACUGCGUCUCUCGGCAUCUCUUCUUCAAAAACACAAGAUAAAACUCGUUUCAAGAUGGAAAUGAAAACAGUCAUGGUUUGGGCGUAUGUUACGAUUUCUUUCUCCUUCUGUGUGCUUUUUUAUGUUGUCGCGGCUAUCGGGAUAUGGCUUCGGUAUUAUUAUCCAAUAAUGCUGGUUGGGGAAGUUAUUUGCUUUGCGAUUCAAUGGGGAUUUCUUUUCUAUAUCAUCAACAUUUAUGGCUCCCCUUGUCAGUGCUGCGACCAGAGUUCUUGCUGCUACACGGAAGCAGUUCUCGACGUUCUGCCGGAAGUUAUACCCAUUCAAAUCGGCCAACAGAUUCAACCCCAGCAAAUUCAAGUGGUUUCUCAGCCUCAGUAUGCGAAUAUCCAGACUCAGCCUCGAAGGAUCGUCUAUCAAUUACCAAACAAUCAGCAAGCAAUUGUCCUGCCAACUGUCCCUCAACAACAAAGAGAGUUAACAAAUUCUAAUCAAAUGGAACGAAUCGGAAGAAUCACAACAAUCAAAAAGGGACUUGACUGCAUCAAGGACUGCCAAAAUGAAGACAAAAUUAGAGAGCUGAUCAAACGAAUCAACUAUCCAAUCAUUCAAGAAAAUGGCCAGCGAAAGCUGGGACCACCACCAGAUUACCACGGUGAAAUUCCGACAAAAGGAUGCGAGGUCUUCGUCGGCAAGAUCCCGCGCGACCUGUUCGAGGACGAAAUCUUCCCCGUCUUCGAAAUGAUCGGGCCGAUCUACGAGCUGCGGCUGAUGAUGGACUUUGACGGGAAGAACCGGGGCUUUUGCUUUGUGAUGUUUACGGAGAGAGCGCACGCCAGGCAGGCGAUCUCGAGGCUCAACAACUUUGAAAUCAGAAAAGGGCGAACGCUGGGCGUGUGCAGUUCUGUUGACAACUGCCGACUGUUCGUCGGGGGCAUUCCCAAGUCGCGGAAGAAAGAGGAAAUCAUGCACGAGCUGAAGAAGGUGACCGAGCAAGUGGCGGAUGUGAUUGUUUACCCCUCGGCGGCGGAUAAGAACAAGAACCGGGGAUUCGCCUUCGUCGAGUACGAGACCCACAAGGCGGCCGCAAUGGCCAGGAGAAAGCUCGUCAGUGGACGCGUCCAGCUUUGGUACGGCAAAGUCGAGCGGGUGAAAAAGAUCCGCGACUAUGCUUUCGUCCAUUUCGUUGAGCGCGACUCCGCCGAAGCAGCAAUGAAGGCGGGGAGCAGCCAGCGCUUAGAUGGUGCGAUGGUUGAAAUCAGCUUUGCAAAACCAGUUGAUAAGAAUAAUCACAAUCAGCUUGCAAAGGUUGGAGCGAAGGCCCUCGCCGCGCAGCAGCAAGGAAUGGAGCCGGGAAUGGCGCAGUACGCCAACAUGAAUCAACCAAUGCUGGUUUACGCCGGAGUUAACGGCUUUCCAAUGCUUAUAGCGCAGGAUCAAAGCCAGCAGCAUCAACUUGGUAGUCUUCCAAAGUCUCCGAUCGGCCCCACUCGAGGUCAAAAAGCUCGAGUAAAUCGCGCUGGAGCCCGGUCAAGUUAUCUCGGUUACUCAGCCGGAAAAGCCACUUACGGAAGGUACUACACGAAAAACACACAGGCGGAAAGAAUGGAUGCGUCAGCAGUAAAUCACGUCGAAGCGCUAGAACAGGUCUGUCAAAAGUUCAACUGGACGAAGCCGUUCUAUCAAACGGUUUCCACGGCUGUUCAUGAAGGAAAGACAAUGUUUCUGUACAGCGUUACGCUUUAUAACUUGGGAAUGAUCAUACAGGCGUACAAAAUGGCCCCUUCUGAGCAAGAAGCAAAAGCUCUUGCGGCGGAAUCGGCGCUCAUGCAGCUCGGAAUCACCAACGAGUCGAGUUUAAUCGCCAAUCAGACGCCGCUUGGCUCGCACCCUCUCAACUCGCAGCAGAGAAGUCAGAUCGUGCCUGCUAACCAGCCCGUUCUCCAUCCACAGCAACUGAUGCAGUACAUGCAAAUACCUCAAGGGUCAAAUCCAAACCAAAUGAUCCAGAUGGCGAUGGACCCCCACACGCUGCAGCCUAUCCCCCUCCAAGUCGGACUUUACCAGUAA